AUGUCAACCACCCUAAAAGAUGUGGAGGUCAUUUUCAGACUUCCUAUAGACAGUGAGGUCUUGGUUGGGCCAAAUGCUGUGGUGGAUGGGGAUUGGAGUCAACUGUGUAGGGAGUUGCUUGGUUUUACUCCAACGAAUGACAAUAAAACUUUGGUGGGGCAAAGAAUUCUCAUCAGCCGCCUUGUUGAGGCCAUUGCAGCGCCAUUGCCUCAUGACGCAACAGAGAUUCAGAUACACCAGUAUGCCUGGUGCUAUAUUUUAGCGCUACUAGGGGAUAAACUUUUUAUGGACAAGUUAGGAGAUAGGGUGCAUCUGAUGUUCUUAGAGUUCAUGCGGAACCUUUGUGAUCCGCCACAGUAUAGUUGGGGUAGUGGUUGCCUGGCCUGGUUGUACAGGGAGUUGUGUCGGGCAAGCGAGAAAGGGGCAUCGCAGAUUGGUGGGGCAUGCACCUUGGUCCAGUAUUAG